GUACAGCCCAUUUCAUCUCUGGGAUGGUGCUCGAUCUUGAAAGCUGCCAGCAGCAAAUCCACUGCUACAUUUGAAGAUGCUUUGGCUGCGUACAAUUCCCACCCCGAAGUCGUGGCACACGAUCGCCAAGAGACCGGCUCUGGGACGAUCAGCCUCGACUCAAGAAAGAAGCAGGCAGUUCGGCAUUGGGUCGACAAAACCAGCCAAGAGGCCUACGAAGAGGUUGUGGCAAGCACGCAUGACCAGCCUUUUGGUCUUGGACCCUUUGGUGAAGGGUUUGCUGCGACUAGCAUAUGCUUUUUGCAGUCGAAGACCAACCUUGAAGCCAACCCGCUCAGCGACGAAACUGAUCAUCCUAUGUCUGGCGAAGCUUUUUGUGAAGUGGACUGGUCGCUCCCAAUGACGCCAUUGGGUCAGCUCAUCUUCUUCCAACGGGUGAAAUCCCUAUUCAGCAGAGCGACCGUGGGCAUCCCGCUACAUGCAAAGAAGAAGUAUCGUUUGAGUCCUGAAGAGUUGGCCAAGGAGAGGAACGCUUCAGUCUUUUUUGCUCAGGUUUGGCCACACUUGAAGGUUCGCAUCCCAGAGGCGGAUUGGCCAACGUGGGAGUCUGACUUCAUCCAAGGCAAGUCCCACGACUUUGCUCCUUUUCUCGAAUCCCGCCCAUCCAAGCUUUCGCUGAGCAUGUUGAAAAGCCAGAAGGCUGCCGCUGAGCAGCUUCAGCGUGAGAAGGACAAUCUGAUUUUCUCACAAGUUUCGCAGCAGCGCCAAGAGGUAUUGGGGGCCCAGUUCACCUUCUUCAAAGUCGCUUUGAACUCUGACCAGGCGAAGCUGGCAAGAGUUGCGGCGGUGCCAGCCAAGGUCAAGGGAAGGCUUCAUGAGAAGAUGGUGCAGGCACGGAAGUCGCAAGCAGAUGCUGGCCGUCGAGCUUGCCAAGGCUAUCAGGACCUCAUGCCCAAACAACACAAUAGUCAAGAGUCGUUUGUGCGAGUGACCCAAAUCCCGAAGAUUGAGCUCAUGCAAUCGGAGAUUGCAAAGAUGAAGUCGCACAUCGUCAGUCAAGCCGGUUGCCAAGCCCUUUGCAAAGGCAUGGCUAUGAUCAACGAGUCGCACCCACUGCUCGCCGCCUCCAUCGUGAUUCAGCCGAUUACCCCAAAGAUUCAAGCCUCAGGGGCCGAGAUGCGCUCCAAUGCCAGGCGCUUUGGCUGCGGGAGGAUAGUGGUAUCCUCCUCAGCCACCGCCGGCGCCGCCACGAACCAGUGGCUGAACGGAGAGCUUGCCAUUUAUGGCCGCAGCAUUGGACCGAACGAAGGAAUGGAUGGUGCGCCAGACGCGGUGCGCAUCUCUGAAAGACUGCGGCCAAGCUUGGAACAGGUUGCCGCGCAGAAAGGCGCAAAGCGCCUUGAAAUGCUCCUCAGCUCGGCGCUUCGAGGUUGCAAGUUUCGCGCCGUGUGCGUCGUGAACAUGACGGGCUACGUCGAGGAGCUAGCUCAGGUGAUCAACUUGAGGAUCAAGGGACAGAUUGGCGGCGAGGGCGGUGACUUCAACACCAAGUUCCUCUACUAUCUGAGCUGCCAUGUCCUGGAUGGACCGGAGCAUUUCAAAUACGGCAAAGCCAGGGUCAACAGAGAGUUGAUGGACCUCUGGAUCGACCGAAAAAUCACUUUCGGUGGCAUUCGCUUCGAGGAUGAAGAGCCGAAGCUCUCUGCAGAGGUUCUUUGUGCUGGUCCGGAGCGGAACAGAGUUCAGAAUCCACCCGGACCAGGUGAAGGGCAUUUGCUGACGUUCAAGCAGCUGCAACAACAACAUGAUGAGAAGUACAAGAACAUCUUGGAUUCUGUCCUUACAACAGGGUACGUGCCUGCUGCGGAUGAUGGUGAUUCCGCUGCUGCUGCGACGCAUGUUCAGUUGGAGUGGCACGCUGGCGACAAGACGCCCAUCCAAGUGGACAUGUCCAGUCUCAACGCAGACAGUCAGGCAGGCUUCCCAUGCAUGACGCUCUACAAGUACUUGGUGAGUCUGGAGAGGUCAAAGAGGGUGACCAAGUAUGACCUGAGCUACAGCGAGUGCCAGCGCAAGACGGGAGGAUCAGACGAUGGCUUUGAGAUCAAAAUCAAAGAGGGGGCUGCUCAUGUGUACCAGACCAUGACCAACACCGACAGCGCCAAGCCGCCGACUUGCAAAAACAUUUUCCAUGAUUGUGCGCAGGUCAUUCGAGGAUCUGCCUCUCUGCUGGUGGUUUUUCGCUACCGCUAUGAAAGAGUACACGCCGUGAGUAAGGUUAAGCUGUGUUGCAUCAUGGCUGACUGGAAAUUGUCAGUGCGGCAGGAAAUGACCCGCGGGCUGAUGGAUGUGAAUGCCGUGCCUUUCACUCCAGACCGACAGUUCGCGACUAGUUCUCCCAGCGGUCCUCCUACAUCAGGUCACCCACAAAUCCAGGCAGGCGACCAGGCGCAGAAGCAGUUGCUCUUUGAUCGGAUGUUUGAUCAGACUUCCUCAGUCGAAGGUGGCAAGCAGGGUCAGAGUUGCCAACCCGAAGUUUGCCCAGAGGUCAGGCCCGAUCAGAAAGAUCGAAAGGUUGAGCAUGAGAAGAAGCCCAGAGAGACAGAAAGCCAAGAGAUUGAGAGUGAGAAGAAGCACGGAGAGGAAGAUAGCCGAAAGGUUGAGGAUGAGAAGAGCCGUGGAAAUCCACCAGAGACUAUGUUGCAGAAGAGAGCAAAGUUACGAUUGGCUGCUGCAAAUGCCGGGCUCCUUUCACCUAGCCUUGAAGUUUUUGAAGAGAGUGAACCAGAGGCUCCUUUGCCAACCGCCGGUCCAUGCAAACGUCCAGCAACAAAGCAGAAGUUGUGCAAGAAGCCUUCCAUCGCGCAGGGUGGGACAAGCGGCACGCCUGGUGAGGAACAGCCUGGGGAGGAACAGGCUGGGGAUGAGGACCCUAGUGAGACAUUGGCCAAAAGGGCAAAAGUCAUGCGCCGACCAGCAGCCAAAAAAGGGCAACCUGCCUCCGCCAAGCAAGGGGCAAGCCUGGAGGCUUUGCAAAACUUGGAUUGGCAGGAGUUGGACGGCGGCGGCAAAGCGUGUUUGACUGGUGAGUGGGAAAUCAAAGAGUUUGAAAGAGAGUGGAAGCCAGAAAGGGGAAGUUUGGCGCUUGUUCAAGCAUAUCCCCACACACGUGGUCUACAAGUCUUUGCGGACAGCUGUAGCAGCUGGCUUCACCUGCUGACUCUUUGUGAAGCGUUGUGGAAACAGUGUCAAAAAGUGUGA